UUCUUUCUCCGUUUCUCUUCAGCCCGACAUUGUCACCUCCUCUUGGAGGGGUUAGAAGAAGCUGGGAUCUCCCGACAGAGCUGGAAAUGGUGAUGAAUGUAUUUUAAUCAAAGGACAAUUUCUUUUCACUGCACUUUGACUAUGGAAACAGAGGCUAUUGAUGGCUACUUAACAUCAGGUGACAAUGAGCUUUCACCCGAAGGGGAGCACGCCAGUAUGGCCAUUGACCUCACCUCAAGCACACCCAAUGGACAGCACGCCUCCCCAAGUCACAUGACAAGCACAAAUUCUGUAAAGCUAGAAAUGCAGAGUGAUGAAGAGUGUGAGAGGAAACCCCUGAGCCGUGAAGACGAGAUCAGGGGCCAUGAUGAGGGGAGCAGCCUAGAAGAACCCCUAAUUGAGAGCGGCGAGCUGGCUGACAACAGGAAAGUCCAGGACCUUCAAGGCGAGGGAGGAAUCCGGCUUCCGAAUGGUAAACUGAAAUGUGACGUCUGUGGCAUGGUUUGCAUUGGGCCCAAUGUGCUUAUGGUACAUAAAAGGAGUCACACUGGGGAACGGCCCUUCCACUGUAACCAGUGCGGAGCUUCUUUCACCCAGAAGGGCAACCUUCUGAGACACAUAAAGUUACACUCUGGAGAGAAGCCGUUCAAAUGUCCUUUCUGUAGCUAUGCUUGUAGAAGAAGGGACGCUCUCACAGGACACCUCAGGACCCACUCUGUGGGUAAGCCUCACAAGUGUAACUACUGUGGACGAAGCUACAAGCAGCGCAGCUCACUGGAGGAACACAAGGAACGCUGUCACAACUAUCUCCAGAAUGUCAGCAUGGAGGCUGCCGGGCAGGUCAUGAGUCACCAUGUACCGCCUAUGGAAGAUUGUAAGGAACAAGAGCCUAUUAUGGACAACAAUAUUUCUCUGGUGCCUUUUGAGAGACCUGCUGUCAUAGAGAAGCUCACGGCAAAUAUGGGAAAGCGCAAAAGCUCCACUCCACAGAAGUUUGUGGGGGAAAAGCUGAUGCGGUUCAGCUACCCAGAUAUUCAUUUUGAUAUGAACUUAACGUAUGAGAAGGAGGCUGAGCUGAUGCAGUCUCAUAUGAUGGACCACGCCAUCAACAAUGCAAUCACCUACCUUGGAGCUGAGGCCCUUCACCCUCUGAUGCAGCACGCACCAAGCACAAUCGCCGAGGUGGCCCCGGUGAUAAGCUCAGCUUAUUCUCAGGUCUAUCAUCCGAACAGGAUAGAGAGACCCAUGAGCAGGGAAACGUCCGAUAGCCACGAAAACAACGUGGAUGGCCCCAUCUCUCUCAUCAGACCAAAGAGUCGACCCCAGGAAAGAGAGGCCUCUCCCAGCAAUAGCUGCCUCGAUUCUACUGACUCAGAAAGCAGCCAUGAUGACCACCAGUCCUACCAAGGAAACCCUGCCUUAAAUCCCAAGAGGAAACAAAGCCCAGCUUACAUGAAGGAGGAUGUCAAGGCUUUGGAUGCUACCAAGGCCACCAAGGGCUCUCUGAAGGACAUCUAUAAGGUUUUCAAUGGAGAAGGAGAACAGAUAAGGGCCUUCAAGUGUGAGCACUGCCGAGUCCUUUUCCUAGACCAUGUCAUGUACACCAUUCACAUGGGUUGCCAUGGCUACCGGGACCCACUGGAAUGCAACAUCUGUGGCUACAGAAGCCAGGACCGUUACGAGUUUUCAUCACACAUUGUUCGAGGGGAGCACACAUUCCACUAGGCCUUUUCAUUCCAAAGGGGACCCCUAUGAAGAACUGCACAUGAAGAAAUACUGCACUUACAAUCCCACUUUCCCUCCGAUGGUGACAUACUUUCUUCUUAAUACUGUCACUGUCUAUGAUUCUUACUUUGUGGACAAAAUGUCAUUUGCUCUGCCUAAUUAUAAAAAAAGAAAUAAGAGAAAAGGGAUGGGAUAUUCACUGAUAACUUGGCUUGUUUGUUUUGUGGGUGUAAAGCAGUUGAUUUCUGCCAUGCAUCCAUAUGAAGGCCUGUCAUGCUUUGGGAAAUCGUUUGUUUCAUAGAGAUUCACCUAAAAUAUUCUGAUUUGCCAUUGAUGUUCAGGAUUGUGAUGGAAGGCAGGAAACUUGAGAGUUUUCUGGGUAGGACUUGGGCAAUUUAAAAUGGUCUAAGUAAUUUUCCUCUCAAAGGUGUUUCAAAAUGUAAACCCAUUUUAUUUUCUGUUCUUAGAGAUCAAGGAACACAAACACAUUAUUAUUUUCAAUAACUCCUAGGAUGAGUUGAAUUGUUGUGGGUUCUACGUUUACCUCCCCUACGGAAUUUAUAAUUCAGUAUGUUUUACACUGUAUCAUAUAGUAAAACUUUUAAACUACAGGUAGUUAAGGGCCACUACGAUACAUCUGAGGUCCUUUGAUCUUAUUUUUCUAAACUUGCGCACUGUUUUUCCAUAGUUUUGAUGACUGGCAUUUUAUAGACACCCUGGCAGCCUUACUUUUAACACCUGUAACAAAUAGUAUUUUUAUGUAGUUUUCAGAAAAGCAUGUGGUCUAAGAGUGGGUAAGAGGCAGUCAGUAAUUUCCAGGAAGAAUUCUGCUUUUCACAAUUUGAGAUUUUUUUUAAAGUUGUAUUGCGAUGGCAGCCUAGUAUACAUAUUUGUUUCUAAAGGUGUGUUUACGAUCGUCACUUUAUCAGCAUUUAAACAGUGUUAAGCAGUCAGCAGAAAAGUGUAAUUAGGCUAACAGUAGGGGGAAAAUCCCACUCUGAGAACCCUUUUCUGGUAUUUUUCUUCAAGCUGUGACCACUCAGUGUUCUGUCCAUAGUCCAUUCCUCUUUGACUCUUGGAAUAGAAGGUCUUAAGAAGCCUGGCUAUCGGCUGCUUCUUUCAAAAUCUUGGAGCAACUGCUAAUUGGACCUGAAUGUGGUCAUUUGAACCCUGGAAGGUCAUUCAUUAACGAGGGCUAUUUAUUCCACUACUUCUUCAGUAAUAACAGUUACUACCUUUGCUGCAGACGAAAGGGAACUUCUUUGCAACCCGAAGAUCACCCUGCAGGUCCAACAAAAGAGCAACAAAGUUUUCUUUUACCCUUCUUGGAGUUGAAAAUGUGACAGUCUUUCAAAAAAAUCAGUUCUGUUAAGUUCUUGUCAGAAAUGAAUCUCAAUCCAUUGGUAGAGAAUUUUCUGUCUUCUCUUUGUUUGCACAAGGCAUAUACUUCCAUAUUUCAUGUGCAGGUUUGAAGUUGAUCUCUGUGGGUGCUUGCCUUCUUCUCUGGAGUCCACUGGCAUCUGUGGGUGGGACUGGAGCACACUAUUCUCAAGUCAUUUGGCGGAACGCUUUUGGCAGACAUAACUUGCUGCUUGUGUUUGAGGAAAACAGGCCUGACCAUGACUGGAUUCUCUGACAGCCAUUUGUAAAUGCUAAACAGCGACAAAUAACUGCUCCGAGGGCCUGCCUACCUUAGAAUAGGAUGCUGAAACCAUGUAACUGCAAAGUGACGUGGACAGUGUCAAGACUUGAGAACUACCCACUGAUGAGCAGUGUUCUCUUAACUCGCUUUGCAGAUUUCCAUCUGUUCACUUAAGGAACUUCUUAGCUCUAACAUAGCUAGCGCUUGGUAGAAAAUGUUCUGACUUACCUCUUUUACUAAUCCUUACCUUAGUUAUUUCUGGAGAAAUGUCCAAAUGGUUCCUUUACAUGUAAGAAAAUGCACCCAAACAGAGAAAAAGCGAAUGCCAGCGGUGGGGUUUUCCAUCUUUUGAUUUUUUUUUUUCAUCCCUUGGUAAUUUGUGAAAACACAGUUUACUCAGGGAUAAAGCGUCUAAUCAAGACUCCCUUCCCCCACUUACCCGGCACAUGCUCAAAUCAUGAGGGAAAUGGCAUUUAUGUUUGAAUGAGGUAAAUAGUGUUAAGGCUCAUGAUUUUGUGUUUUAAAACUGCAAUUUGACAAAGCAUUUGGAUGCCUGUCAAUGUGUUCAUAAUUUUGGCUGUCUGAAUUUCUGCUGGCAUCCUUUAUCAAUUUUCUUCAUUCUCUCUCCUCAUACCUACUGUAUUAACGAUCAUAUAUCUCCCUGCACUAGGAUUAAACUGAGUUUAGGUGUACAUAAAGAUUUGUGUACUCCCCCUAUGAAGAUGGUACUAACACACUCUCUACCUUUCCAAUUCCAUCUUGUUGGAAAACCUGAUUUAUUUAAGGGAGUUAGCUGUGACGGUAUAUUUGCGGGACAUACACACUAGCUUUUUUUUUUUUUUUUUGUAAGAUGCAUGACACAAAGGACAGAAAAAGACGUAGAUGGCUCAGGUGUGACAGGGACAAAAGAGAUCAAGGUGAAUUCAACAUUUGUGGGUUACAGUGAAUUUUGUGGACGGAGGACUGUCUGAAGGACUCUCAAUGACUUUUCACCAAAGACUAGAGGUGACAUCUAGCACCUAACACUAAGUGGGAGGGCCAGAUACCAAAUAAAUCAAAUUUGCAUAACAGUUACAAGCCCAGUUGAUUUAGGUGAGAUUUUACAAUUGAGAGCAUAUUUGAGGGGGAUGAAAAUGGGUUAUCCUCUGUGUUUUCCAGUUGGGCAGAAAUUUAUCAGAUGACUCUGUCCUAAUUUUGUGCAGAAUUUUUUUUUGUCCCCAGUUUUUUCUGGAGAAACACACUGUCUCUCUCUAACAGUGAUGAAUUGCUGUCACAGAGGCUUUCUAGAACAGUGGUCGGCACAGUGAGCAGAUAGAGGCAUGAAACACUCAUUCCAACAUUCUCUUUAGAAUUUUCUGAAUCAAGUGGGGAAAAAUGAGGGCUGAUAUUUAGGAUGAAGUAACCUGGCUGGCUGGUGUACAUACACGUGACUGUUGGAAUACAUUACCGUUUGCAGGCCAUGUGUAUUGCACAUUCUUUGAAUGAGGAGUCACGAAAAGAAGCAGAUAGCAUCCCCCAGAUGUGUUCCAAACCUUAGAGUUAAAAGUACAGUUAAUACAUCAGCACUUAGGUCGACUUUACCAGGUUGUACUAAGAAAUCCCAAAGUUGUCAGUGUAUCUUUAGGACUAGUGGCAACUUCUAUCCCAAGGUCCAUUAUCUACAUCCAGGGAGGAAAAAAUUGAAAAGAUAUUAAGUUGACUGGUGAAAUAUUAAAAAAAUAUAGCUUCUUUUUUUUUUGAGAGGAAGAAAAGGCAGGAAAUGAUUUAGCAACUUUGUCUUGUAUUUGUGCUUUUUGUGGCACAGUUACACAUCUCACAAGACCUUGACUUUUGUGUGUUUCAUAUUUUGACUUUGUGUUUUCCAAGUCUUACUUCAUCUUAUCUCCAAAAUGGUAAGUUAUGGUAGAAAGAUUAGCAGAGGAGGCGUUACUGGACCAGGAAAGCUGCCUGCCCCUAGAUUCAGGACUAUCAAGGAUACCUGGCUAUACAGUUUUUUCAGCCUUGAAUUAUUCAUUUAUAAUAAAAUUGUAGGUUUAUGGUCAUCUUCAAUUGUAUUUCACGUGUUAUUCUAACAAGGACUGCCUGUAUGUAUUCUACAGUAAAAGCUCCCCAUAUUCAAAAGGGAAAAAAAGCAAGGGGUAAAUUUAAGCUUUGUAUAUAUAAAAGUUAUUUUAUAAAUAUUUUAGUCUUCCAGUUUCUGCAAAAUAAUUAAAAUAUACAGUAACUGGUCUCUUAAAUCCUGAAUUUAAUGUAUUAAAUACUUAUAAAAUUUUAUAUUGGUGCCUUUUAAAAAUGCAUUGAGAGUGUUGGUGAGCUGUUUUAGCUGUACCACACUUUUACUGUGUAUUUUUUUAAAAAAAAAUCACAUGAAAUUUAAGUACUCUCUAAUUCACCUUUGUGUUCUUAGCAAAAAUAAUAAUGAUAAUAAUAACUGCUAAAAGAAUUUCCAGACUUUCAGCUGAGCUGGCAAAAGUGACAGGAAACUUUGAAACCAGAUUUUAAUCUUUUUAGCUUAAUAAUAUUUCUGAACACUAUUAUAUGAUAGAGGAAAAUAGAAGGCCCAGUCAUGUCAGCAGCAAACUGAAUUAUGCUGUGUGUUUUGCUUUAUUCUUGAGGAAGAAUAUGUUUUGCGUCACACAGGGUUUCUUCGUAGAAUUUGGAGUCAAUAAUUACAGUAUUGUUUUGCAUUUUCUUUUCUACCUGACUAGUGUUACUCUAGUCCUGCAUCCUCUGUCUUCUAACCAGUGGUUGUUUUAUGAAAUAAUGUGGAAAUGCAGAUCAUUGUUUCCCUUGAACAAAACAAAACUCAGCAUUCACAUCACAUUGCUCUUCUCCAAAGUGUCCUCUCGGAUAUUUUGUACGGGGGUUGUCUGUCACUUGUGAGGGUGUCUUCAUCUAUGACAGCUUUUUAAAAAGGAGCUGCUGUAUAAAGUCGACAUCACAUGACCAAGAAGCUAUGAUGUGCUAGUGUUUCCUUCUGUCAUAGUAUACUCUUAGGCCAAAUUAAUGACACCUUGAAUAUUUUUACAUUUAUUACAGAGACCUAAAAUUUUGGAAUUUCCACAAGGUUUUUAAUGUAACCUAUUUCUAGGGGUUUUGUUUUCUCUUGCUGUACUGUGAGUUUGUGGGUAUUUUUUCAUAUGCACUCUUAGAAAUGAGUUCUUAAUUCUAUUUAUGAUGUCUUUCUCCCACAGUACUCCAUUUGUAUAUGUUCUGUACAGAUUUGUCAUAAAUUCACCUUUAUCCCAUAUCGACAGUGGCACCUAAACAACUAGUUUCCUAAGAUGACUUUUAUGUUAUGAAUUAAUAUGAAAAUGUAGAGGUCAUAUGCUAAACCACGUUAAGGGCAGAAUAAAAACUUCUGGUAGGUACAAAUAAGCCAGUUUGCAGUGCAUCAGGCCUUCAGUUUACCUCACCUAACACAUAACAAGGGAAGCUUGGACAGAUGGAGGUCACUGAAUCCCCUACUAUGCACUUACUAGGUGAUCGCUGAGUUUUAUUUACUGGAAAUGGAUUUUCAAAGGAAUACACUGUCACUGUAACCAGAGAAGGAAUCUAGGGUUUGCUAUUUUUGUUGUAGUUGUUUUGUUCUUUUUAAAAAGUUGUUCAAAUUAUGAAACUGUGAUCUAAAAAUAGUUUUGAUGGUGGAGCACUUGAGAUUUUGUACAUCGAUCACGUGCCCUUCUGUAUGACAAAGUUGGGUUUUUACCUCUUCGGUUGUAACUUCCUCUCACACCUUUGUCUCCACACUGUUCACAGCUCUUCCUCCAUUGUCUCUGGAUUCUUGACACUCCUCAUAGUUAGAAGAGGAGGUCAGCUCUGAACUUCUGAUUCAUUAAGUCUUAAUUUUUUUCUGGUAGUUUUUCUUAGCUGUAUAAUCUGCUGGUGUAUUUUUAUACUCACGUGUAGUUCUAUAUUUUUAAUGUGUGGUUGGGUUGAGAUGGUAAGCUGUAGAGAGUCCUUUACUUCGUUCUCAAGUAUGAGGCACCUAACAUGGCCCCUGAGACUCUAUAGUCAGAGGAUAUGUCUGGUUCCUUUAUGCUUGGAUUUUAAAUUGUUUGGCUUUCUUCCAAAAUAUAAGUUAUAAAGAAUAGAUAUCCUCCUCCGCCCCCCCCCCCGCAAAAAGCAAAACAAAACAAACAACAACAACAAAAAAA